ACUGUUACGGAAUUGUGAGAAAAACAAAUAGCAACGGAAACAAAGAAAGCGAAGAACAAACACACAAUUAACGUGGAAACCCUUGACGGGAAAAACCACGGGCAGGGAGAAGCAAAUCCAAUAUCGAAAGAUUGGUACAAAAGGUGAGCCGAAUUGUGCGAUACCUUGAAACCCUAAUUACAGCCGAAAACUAAAUAUAUAUAGUACAGAAGAAACCCUAAAAUUGAACAGGUCCGUAUCUAAGGUUGCUUAAAAUUUAUAAUUUUGAUGAGGAAGAGAAAUGCAAACUGAAAUUCCCUUAAGAUCUUCGUUGCCUUCCUGAUGCACUUACAUAUCUUUAUUGGGAUGGAUGCCCUCUUAAAUCUUCGCCAUCAGAUUUUAGUCCAGAGAACAUUGUUAUCCUUCAAAUGCCUAACAGCCAACUUGAGCAACUUUGGGAUGGCGUUCAGGAUCUUGGGAAGUUAAAGGAGAUGGAUCUUAGUCACUCUACGCGCUUGACUAAAAUCCCAGACCUUUCUCACGCUUCAAACCUUGAGACUGUAAAUCUUGAAUACUGUAUAAGUUUGCUUCAACUUCCUCCAACUCUGCAACAUCAUAGCAAGCUUAGUUCUCUGAAUCUGAGAUGCUGCUCAAAACUUGAGAAACUUCCAGAGCUAUCAAGGAAUAUGAAAGAGUUAGUUUUGGAAGGAUGUACAAAAAUAAAAGAAAUUCCCUCAUCAAUUGGAUCUCUGGACAAACUCGAGUCAUUGAAUCUUCACAACUGUAAAGCCCUUAUGAAUCCUCCCAGCGGCACUAGUAAUCUGGAUUCAUUGAAAUCUCUGAAUCUCUCUGCCUGCACAUCCAUUGACAUGUUUCCAAGUCUUCCAAGGUUUCUAAAUUGGUUACAUAUGAGUGGAACAAGGAUAAAGGCAGUGCCAUCAUCAAUGGACGAACUGUCUGGCCUAGUUAAGUUUUAUCUCAAAGGUUGCAAAAGGCUUGAGAGUCUCCCUACUAGCAUUUAUAAUCUAAAAGCUCUCACAUUUCUUUCUCUCUCUGGAUGUUCAAAAUUGAGAUAUUUUCCGGAAAUCUCAGAGCCUCUGGAAAGUUUACGCUUCCUCCAUUUUAAUGGAACAGGAAUUAAAGAGCUACCCUUUUCCAUUGGAAAUCUAAAUGGACUUAAAGAAUUGAACCUUGACAAGUGCUGCAACCUUGAAGCUCUACCUGACAGUAUAAAUAAAUUAAACAAUAUUGAAAACUUUUCCCUGUUUGGGUGCACAAAACUUGAAAAACUUCCCACUUUAUCAACUUCUUUAGCUGUCUUUUAAUAAUCUUACUUAACAAAUUGUUAUUUGUUACUAUAAUCUUUUUAGUUUUAUUAGCCUUCUGGUUUAUGUACACAAAAA